CACAAAUACUGGGCUCACUUGUUGCGCUGCAGACUCAUGUCGUGUGGCGCAGUUGUGACGAUGUUGGCCUGUGUCCUGCUGUCCCGGAGCCUCUGCCAGGCCGCAGCCAAACUGAAUGGCGGGUCCGUGUUCACCUCCGCUCUCCGCCACCGGGGACACACAACCUCGCCGCCGGCGGCAGACACCGAUUCAGUGGUCACCUACGAACAGCUGAAGACCAUGCUGGCCAGCCACGAUGUUCAGCUGUUCGACGUCCGAAAUCCUGAUGAAUUCCAGGCUGGACGUAUUCCAGACUCCGUCAACAUCCCGUUGGGCGAUCUGGAGGAAUCUUUGAAGCUUUCCCCGGAGAAAUUUGAGCUGGUCUUCCAAGUGAAGCCUCCCGAGGAGGAGGAUGAAAACGUCGUGUUCCACUGCCAGAGGGGCAACAGGAGCGCCGCAGCGCUGCACAUCGCCCGUCAGCUGGGCUUCAGCAGGGCCAGACAUUACAAAGGAGGGUACAGCGAAUGGGCGGCCCGGGAAGGAAACUGAUACGAAGCUCCCGCGGAGGGAGGGCUCGGAUUCCCGUCCAGACGUCCGUCCUCGCCGGAGUCCGACCGAUGCCGGAUAUGACGCCCGCAAAAGGCCGACGUGUCCCGUUACGCACAGCUGACCAUCAGCGUCAUACGGCGGCGGUGACGUCACGAAGCCUGCGAGGGCGUUUCCUCAGCAUCACUACACUCAAGUCACGUCACCUCAACCCCCCCCCCACACACACACAGGUAGAUAAGCGCCACCUAGAGGCACGUGCAGCACACGACCCUGUCCCGCAGCGGCUCCGAGUCCCUUUUUAGACCCCUAAGUCAACAUGCGUCUCGCUGCGGACUCCUUUUAUUCACCACACACGACGCGUCGUACCGGUGUUACGACCGAUGGGACACUGAAUAAAGCUCUGCACUGACAUCCUC